AUGGCGGUGACAUUUGGUUAUUGCUGGUUUAUUUUAACUGUUAUAAUAAAUUCGUUGGUUUGUUGUUUAGAACCGGCUUGUAUUGAUGCUAACUGCUACAUACCACUUCAUAGCAAGAUAGGUACCAACUAUUCUGUGUACGGUAUCACUCAAGGUGGUGCAAUUUUUGUUGCCGAUAUGAUGACGUUCUCGAAUGCCAAAUUUUUGAAUGAUUUAAAAGCUAUUGAUGCUAGAGUAGAACAUUUCGAUUGUUCGACAGCCACCGUACAUUUUGUUUCCACCAAUCUAUCAAUUCUAAAAAGUGCUAAAUAUGAAAAAAAUGUGAAUUUCUUCAUCAUUGAUGCUCCCAAAGCACGAAUUAUGCUACCUUCCUGCAAUUGGACUGUUUACAGUGACAUUCUUUACUGUCAGAUAUAUUGGCCAAUGACUAAAUUUGUACGAAUUCAUCGCUGUUAUCAUCCAAAAUAUUAUUAUGCAAGAUGGAGUAACAAAUUAUAUUACCUUUGUUACAACGAUGAUGGCAUAUCAAAUCAAACGCUAUUUAUUAAUGAAGGCUUAAAACUCGGCUUACUACGAUACGGCUACAAAGAUAUUGCACCUGGUUUUGUCUCAUUAAAUGAUGCAACCACAAUGGAUUAUCUUGGACAAAUAAUUGUAUUAAAUGAGAUGGAUGAUCAUUAUCCCAAUUGGCUUCAACCAUUUCAAGGAGAGAAUGCAUUGAAGCCUGAAGCUGAACGUUUGCUGAGUUGUAUUAUUGGAAAUAAAAUUCGUUACGUACUGCAAACAACAAUAGCGCAAUUUUGCAUCUUUGAAAUUUUAACGCUCUCAUUUCGAAUGACAGUACAAUUGCUACCAAAUGAUUUUAAUAAGGUGCCAUUACUAAUUAAGGAUGAUCAGUUAUCAAUAAAUGUUUUACCGUUAAUUAUUACACGACAGAAAUCAAUGGUUGAAGAAAUGCAAAUAUCGGGCGAUGUUAUUGGUACGCUAAAUAUGGAUGUAUUUAUUAAUAUAACAUUAGCUGUACCACUGUAUACUUUCAUUUUUAUCAUAAUUAGCAUACUGUUUAUUAGAUGGCGAAUUACGCUAAUUCCCAAAACAUUGCUUAAUUUACGAAUAUAUUUUCAACAAAUCAUUGAUCGGAUUUGGUAA